AUGGUUGGGACAGAAGAUAAUCAGGCCGAGUUUCCAAAGGACUAUUAUGAGAAGUAUAUGUCUAUACAGCAUUACUGUGAAAGCACGGCCGCCCGGGGGCGUGCGGAGCCGGGUCCCUGUGCGCUGCGUCCUCCGUGUAACCCCUGCCGGCCGCGGACCCCUGUGAGCCCGGGGCCCGCGGGCGCCCGCAGCCGGCCUCCGUGCCUCUAUCCCUCCCCUCCUUCCCCCGCCUGCCGGCCAGCCUGCCCACCAGCCUGCCCGCCUGGGGCGGCUGAGGGGCCGCGGCGGAGACGGCGGGCGCGUUCCACGGGGCAGCGGCCGGGAGUCCGCGGCUGCGGGGAGACGAGGAGCCCAAGAACAGGAAGGGGCGCCCCGGGAGACGACGCCGGCCCCGGCCCCGGCCGCCUGCACCCGCGUCCUCCCGCACCGGCCGGGGGCAGGGCCCCUGGGGACCGCGAUCACGACGACGGGGAACCAGACUAGGAGGAGAGAAUCAUCCCAUAACAAAUAUUUUUUAAAAGGA